UGAGAACAGUAAGCUUCACAAUGGGGAACAAACUCAGUUAUGCUUAUCACAUCUCAAUUAUCACUGCAGACUGCUCUCAUGCCUCAACUAUAGAUUCUGUCUCUAUUACUCUGAUCGGCACAAAAGGCCAGAGUAGUAAAAUGAAAUUGGACCACACAGGACUGCAUUUCUUUAAUGAAAGGCACAAGCAAUAUAAAAUGCACUGCAAGGAGAGUUUGGGAGAUAUCGUGCUGGUGAGACUGGAACAUGCACGCUUUCAGGGGAAACGCUGGUUCUGUUCCAAAGUGAUCGUGGAGGACUGUGCAGGAGGAGCAAGCUUCAGGUUCCCCUUUAACAGCUGGGUGAAAAAGAAUCAGAGUGUGGAGCUGAGAGAGGGCACAGCAAAGAAACCCAAUGAGGAUGAACUGGACAUCUUGAAGCAGAAUAGAGAGAAAGAGCUGAACCAACGAAAGAAGACUUUUAGAUGGAAGACCUAUGCAAAAGGAAUGCCGAAAUGCGUGGCUAUUAAGAAGACUUGCAAUCUGCCACUGGACGUGCAAUUUUCAUUCUGCAAAAACACAGAGUUUCAGUUUACACUCACCGUUGCUCUGGUGAAACUGAAACUAGUGGAAUUUAUACACUUUCAAACUCACUGGAGAUCCAUGGAAGACAUAGAGAAUUACUUUGGAGUCAACAAAACUGAAGAGUCAGAGUUUGUGAAAUCAAUGUGGGAAGAAGAUGUGUUUUUUGGUUACCAGUUUCUGAACGGCUUCAAUCCUACAAUGAUCAAAAAAUGCACACAGAUCCCUUCAAACUUCGCUGUCACAAACGACAUGGUCUCAAGAUUCCUGGAGGAAUCCACUUCACUGCAGAACGAAAUGCAGAAAGGGAAUAUCUAUCUGGUGGACUAUCAGCUAUUGGACAAGUUUCCAGCUAAUACAAUUCAUGGAAAACUUCAGUACCUCCCUGCACCACUCUGUCUGCUGUACAAAGAUCCCGACAAUCAACUCAAGCCCAUUGCUAUCCAGCUGAAGCAGAAAGCACAUCCACAAAACCCGAUAUUCCUGCCCAGUCACUCUGCAGACUGGCUGCUUGCGAAGAUCUACGUUCGCAGUGCAGAUUUCAACUACUUCCAGCUUAUCACUCACCUGCUGCACACUCACCUGCUAGCUGAGGUCUUCUGCGUGGCAACAAACAGGAACCUGGCCUCUGUGCACCCCCUGUACAAGCUGCUGAUUCCUCACAUGAGAUACACGCUGCAGAUCAACAUCAUGGCGAGGGACAAACUGCUGGGGAAAUCGGGAGUGUUUCAAACGUCCAUUAGCACUGGUGGAAAGGGUCUUCCAAAAUUGCUGCAGAAAGCACACAGCUGUUUGACCUACAGCUCCCUCUGUCUGCCAGAAGAUAUUGCUGCACGUGGAGUUGAAGACAUUCCCUGUUAUUACUACAGACAGGAUGGGAUGAAACUGUGGAACGCAAUCAAAUGGUUUGUAGAGGAAAUGAUUAAGUAUUAUUACCCGAGUGACAAAGAUGUGUUUGAAGACACAGAACUGCAGGACUGGGUGAAAGACAUAUAUUCUAAUGGCUUCCUGAAUCGCAAAGAAUCAGGAAUCCCAGAAUCCUUUCAGACUGUCCGUGAACUAAUCAAGUUCCUCACAAUGGUUCUGUAUACCUGCUCAGUGCAGCACAAUGCAGUCAAUGGGGGUCAGUUUGAUUUUGCAGCCUGGAUGCCUAAUGCCUCUCCCACCCUGCGCCGCCCCCCUCCCUCCUAUGUGGGGGGAACGACUCAACAAGACAUCCUGGAGAGUAUCGCAGAUGUGGGCAGCACCGUCCGUACCCUGGCCGCGGUCUGGCUGCUGAGCCGAAAUUCCGACGACUUUGUUAAACUAGGGGAUUAUCCAGAGGAGCGAUUCACAGAGGAAACCCCCAGGGAGCUGAUUUCAGUAUUCCAGUCUGUCCUACAGCAGAUCGACAGUGAGAUCGCACUUCGGAAUAAAACUCUCAAUCCUGGAUAUUCCUACAUGAGACCAGCACUGAUGGAGAACAGCGUAGCAAUCUAAGCGUUAAAUUUGCUCUUAAUUUAACAAUGAAGACCCCAACAUGCUUGUGCAAAAAGCUGGUUCAAGUUAUAAAUAAAAACUGAGAGCCUGAAUUACUAUACUUCAAUCAGAAGCAAGCAUUACUGAAUCAUUACUUUAGUUUAUACAAUGUGUAUUUUACGUUGUGCUUAAAAUCUUAUUUGUAAAUGUUUAAAUUUUGAGAAAUAAAAAAUUUGUUUAAAUUUU